CAAAUUAGCCAACUAAAAUAGCCGACAACCAACAAUCAAUGACCAACAGCCAAUUGUCAAACAACGCUUAAAUACAUGAACAAGUUUAAAAAGUUAGAAAUGCCAAAAUAAGUACUUGUAGUUGUAAAACUUGUAAUCCGUGCAUAAACCAAAGAAAUGAAUGAAUUACGAGUAGUUAAAUAAAUUAAUUAAAUAAACAAAAUAAAACAACGCUCCAUACAUUUCGGCGAUAAAAAACAACAGUCUUCUCCUUUCUCUCUCCUCCUACCUGUGUUAGCUGGUUUUACAGUUCAAUGGAGAUAUCACACAAUCAACGCUCUUCUCCGCCGUCUAAACCACCCGCAUCAAUGGAUUCCAAGCAAAUCAUCGACAUCUUACCUUCUUACAUCUCUCUGUACAAAAACCCGACCCUAAACCCAAACCCGAACCCAGAUAAAUCCGCCAUUUUGAAAUGGUUUUCUUCUCUCUCUCCUCCCCAAAGACUGGCCCACCUCACCAUUGUCGACCCCACUUUCACUCAGCUUCUCCUUCGCAUGCGUUCCCACCUCUUUCUCUCUUCUCACGUUACCUUCUUCCUCCUCCCUGACCUUCCUUCAGAGGAUUCUCUACCCACCAUUUGUACUCGCCGAUCUCGUGGGUUACUCGCUCGAGUUGCUGAUUCCAAUGAGUCGAGUCGUUUGCUUCGAUCGUCGAUUCUUCUCUUUUCCUCUUCUGAGUGUUCUGGGGUUUCUUCGGGUGCUCAAACCCUUGAUACGGUGACGUUUCGUGAGGGGUUUCUUGAGGAUUUUGAUCAGUUUGUUCGGGUUAUGGACCGGGUUUCGGACUCGGGUUUUUUAAAUGGGUCGAAUUCGGACUGGGUUGAGUUGGGGAAUGAGUGGCCUGAGUUGGGGUGGUUGAAGGGUAAAGGGUAUUAUGGUCUCGAGGCGUUUGUGGCGAAUCGGGUUGAGGUGGCGUUGAGGUUGGCGUGGGUGAAUGGUAAUGGUGGGAAGAAGAGAGGGGUGAAGUUGAAAGAGAAGGCUAACAGUGCUGUUGGAUUGGGGGUAAAUGCGUAUUGGAGGAAGAAAGGGUGUGUUGAUUGGUGGGAGAAGUUGGAUGAUGGGAUGAAAAGGAAGGUGUUUCGGAUGGUUUUGGGGAAGACCGCGAAAUCUAUAACGGGUGAAAUCUUAAAAGGCGCUGAUGGGAGCAUGGAGGACGAAUUGUGGAAUUUCGGUUUAGCGGAGGAGCAAUCUGUGAGAUACAGAGAUCAGAAUGCACCCACUACAGAGCAUUUACAAAGACGAGCAGAAUUAGGCUUGACAUCUGAUCUAGUUUCACCUUCUUCCAGGCCACCUACCACAUUAAGGCAUGUCGUGAAUCGGUUGUUUGUGCUUCAGGUUAUAAUUGAAAUGGCACUAACUUGCCCUCAUGAUAAAUUUAAUAAGGAGAAGAUCUUUUUCAGCUCUUUGGAUUCUGUAAAUAUGAUUGCAGAUGGCAUAUUGAGGAAAUUGAGAGGAUUACUUAUGGCUGUUUCACUUGAUUACAUUAAAUUUGAACUAAUGGAUGAGGAGAACCAUAAUAUAGUGGCAAAUAAAUCAAAGGAGAAGCAGGGUGGAACUCAACGUAAGAAGGGAAAGAAUCGUAAUUCCAAAAAGAUAAAUCCAGCUAUAAGGAAUUGCAAUAAUGACUUUGUACUUGACAAGACUCUUGAGGUAAAGGACCAGACGUCGGCUUCUGAGAGGUCACAAACUUCUUCUGCAAAGAAGGGAAAACAAAAUAAAAAGAAGUUGCGUGGGAAGCCGGAUUCUGCAAGUAAAGUCCUCAACACUUCAGCUGAAACACAGACUGCUUUCUCUUCCUGUACCACCACACAAUGUGAGAAAGAACAUAUCUCUAUGGAUCACGCUGCUGGUGUGAAAAAGUUGUCAAAUGAAGCUUCUAUUAGUUGUCUGAAUGGUCAGCAGAAUUUAGCUCCUUGCUACGGUAAGGCUGGAUGUACUGAGGUCAAUCUGCGUAGCUCUGAACGAGGUGAUAUAACAUCUUCUGUGGAAGACCAACAUCGUCCCAGGAUUAACUGUCACUUGCUUUCGAAUAAGCUGAAGAAUGCUGUAGUUCCCAACAUGGAAACUGAUAAUCAUUUAGUGGAAUCUGAUAUGAGUCCUGUUGAACUGACGACAGAAUUUAAAAGUGUUUAUGAAGCUAAUUCUGACGGAGACCCUGUUAUAGUGGCUGCAACAGAGUAUGAGAAUAGUCAAAUUGCUCAAAAAGAUGACGAUGGUCAUGAGGAUCAUGCUUUCUGCAGCACAAAUGCCACGUCAUCGUGUGGAAAAAUCGUAGAUGAUAAAAGUAAAACAAACCUGAUCUGUGAACAAGAUAACCAGAGUUGGUAUAAUGGUGAAGCUGUAAUUCCUGCAUAUUAUCCCUCAUAUGAAUGGCCUACUGUGGCCCCUAAUCGUUUGGCUGGCUUCAAUUCACAGCAUCUUCCACCUGCUACAGACCGAUUGCAUUUGGAAGUUGGUCACAACUGGCAAAAUCAUUUUCAACAUUCUUUCAUACAACAGAUGCAUCAGACAAGUUCUAAUAUUGGAGGACAGAUGGGUAGGAUUAUGCCACAACCAUUACCAGCUAGUUUGGAUUGGUCCCCUGUUGUACAGACUUGUAAUUAUGAUUCUCCAUUUAUUUCAAGGCGUCAAGCUGGAAAACAACAAAGCUUUGCUGCCCAAAGUCCUCAUAAAGGUGCUUUAAGUAGUGAAGAAGAAAGAAAAUACUUUGCAGACUACUUUGACUUCUCUGAACCACCAAGCGCACAAGAGUUAGCUGAUGAAUAUGAUAGCCAUUGGGUAUCAGAAGAAGAAUAUGAAGUCCAUGCUGUCUCUGGCAAGGACUACAAUCAAUUCUUUGGUGGCGGCGUCAUGUAUUGGAAUCCUUCUGAUUAUCGGGGAGCUAGUUUCUCUCGCCCUCCUUCUCUUAGUUCUGAUGACAGUUCAUGGGCUUGGCGCGAAGCUGACAUGAAUAGGACUGUUGAUGACAUGGUUGCAUUUUCAUCAUCUUAUAGUACAAAUGGACUAAAUUCCCCAUCUGCUGCUCCUUUUUGUUCUCCUUUCGAGUCUUUGCCUCCAGGGCAUCAACCAAUUGGUUAUGUUAGGUCCGGGAAUGAAGGAAAAAUGGUUCAUAGCUCCUCAACAAUGACAGACUUGGAGUUGGAAGAUAAACUUCCAGGAUCUUUGGCCAGUAUAUCUGGUGAUUGUGAUGCCAAAUCUGGAGAUUCGCUUCCUUACCCAAUACUCCGGCCUAUUAUAAUUCCAAGUAUAUCAAGGGAAAGAUCAAGAUCCGAGUUCAAGUGUAAUCGUGAAUUAAGAAGUCCUCGCGUUCCUCCAAACAGGUGUGAACAUCCUAGAAUUAAACGCCCACCUUCACCUGUAGUGCUUUGUGUUCCACGUGCUCCCCGUCCUCCUCCACCUUCUUCUGUAGGAGACUCCAGAAAACAUAAAGGCUUUCCAAUUGUUAGGUCUGGUAGCUCCAGCCCAAGACACCUGGGUGUAAGAGGAUGGUUUCAUGAUGGGACUAAUGUUGAAGAAGCUUGUUUACGUGUUGAUGGUGCUGAAGUAAUGUGGCCAUCUUGGAAAAAUAAGAACUUUGCUGCUCGGAAAAUGGUUCAGCCUUUGCCUGGAGCAAUACUGCAAGAUCGCUUAAUUGCAAUCUCCCAGUUAACUCAUGAUCAGGAACAUCCUGAUGUUGCUCUUCCUGUGCAACCACCUGAGUUGGUAAAUUGCUCAAAACGGAAGGCAUCUCUCCCGUUGAUGCACAAUCUUCUUCAUGAAGAAAUUGACUACUUUUGUAAGCAGGUUGCUGCCGGGAAUUUAAUUAGGAGACCUUAUGUUAAUUGGGCGGUGAAGCGGGUGACACGUUCGCUCCAAGUUCUCUGGCCUCGUUCCAGGACCAAUAUAUUUGGUUCCAAUGCCACCGGCUUGUCCCUUCCGACAAGUGAUGUGGAUCUUGUGGUUUGUCUUCCUCCAGUGAGAAACUUGGAGCCUAUUAAGGAAGCUGGAAUCUUAGAAGGCCGUAAUAGCAUAAAGGAAACAUGUCUACAACAUGCUGCUCGAUACCUGGGAAAUCAGGAAUGGGUAAAAGCUGAUUCUUUGAAGACUGUGGAGAAUACAGCGAUCCCCAUUAUCAUGCUAGUAGUGGAUGUUCCACAUGAUUUUGUGACUACAACUGCUGCGCCUACUGUGCACAUAUCUUUAAGGGGACAAAAUAAGCUGAAUGAUGGACGAUCUGUUGGUAAAAUUGAUACUAUUGGCUCAGAUAGUGCUCCUCAAUCGACUCACUCAAAAGUUAUCAACUGUAACAAAGAUUGUAUAUCAGUUCGUCUAGACAUUAGUUUUAAGUCACCCUCACAUACAGGACUGCAAACAACUGAAUUGGUUAAACAGCUUACCGACCAGUUUCCUGCUGCCAUUCCCCUGGCUUUGGUACUGAAGCAAUUUUUAGCAGACCGUAGCCUUGAUCAAUCGUACUCGGGAGGCUUGAGUUCAUACUGUUUGGUUUUGCUGAUUACACGUUUUCUUCAGCAUGAGCAUCAUCAUGGGCGGCCUAUUAACCAAAACCUUGGGAGUCUUUUCAUGGAUUUUCUUUACUUCUUUGGGAAUGUGUUUGAUCCUCGACAAAUGCGUGUCUCAAUACAAGGGAGUGGGUUAUAUAUAAACAGAGAAAGAGGAUGCAGCAUUGAUCCAAUCUACAUCGAUGAUCCUUUGUUUCCAACAAAUAAUGUGGGGAAAAAUUGCUUCCGGAUUCAUCAGUGUAUCAAGGCAUUUGCAGAUGCUUACGCUACUUUGGAAAAUGAGCUAACCUGCCUUUUAGCUGAGGGUGAUGCAAACACAACACAGCAGUACCGAUUGCUUCCAAAGGUCAUCCCAAGUAUAGGUCUUCCAUAGGGGUCCAUCUCAUGAGUUAUGAUGAGCUGAUGACUCUGGCACACACUUCUACUUCAAUUCUAUUGUUUUCCUCCAGUGCCUGGUUGAGGUGUUUUGCUUUGAUACCUGGAAAGACUGAUUAUUGGAGUUGGCUGAACCAGUGACCCAAGAUGUCUCAUGGCAAGAUUUCAAUGGUUUGAGGCAUGUUCUUUAUUAAAGUUGGAGCUUGUCAAGUAUCUGAGAUGUUGAAGGUGAAGAUGCUUGUAGAGUUAUAUGGGUGAAUAUGCUGUAAGCUGAUGGAUGCUUCACCUGCUUGGAUACAUCCUUUGACCUUGUAUUAUGCAUGCUCCUCCUUUUGUCGUCGAGCUUGCAGAGCUCACCUCUGAAUACAGAAAACUUAAGUUGACGAAAAGAGACUGCUUUACUGUAACCGCUUCGAUCUGGUCGAAGUUAACUCGAGAUAGAUAUCUGAUGACUUUAUCUGAGAGGCGGGAUACUUUCUUGGCUAUUUAAAAAUAGAUUUGGGUAAGGGAUCAAGAUCUAUUGAUCAAAUUUCCGAACUACCUGGCUUCAUUCUUCACCAAAUAUUGUCAUUUCCAUAAAAAAAAGAGGCCAUUGAGCCUGUCAAACUGAUUUUUUAACCUAGAGGUGGCAAUAUGUUUGGGAGACCCCUCAUUAUAGAUUGCAAUGAGUGGUUUUUGGAAGAGAAUUGGAUAUACUUAAACCAAUCAGAGAGUGAAGUCAUGAGUUAUGCUGAUGAGAAACUACAUCGAUUUCAUGGUGGGCAUCUAUGUGAAAAAGUUUGGUACUUAUGUAACCCUUGCGGAUAAUGAUUCGGCCCCUCGGUUAGGUGCUGGUCAUCAAGUGUUUGGUAUGUUUUGGAUCAGCCUAUGUAACCCUUGUUUGUAAUGAUUCGGCCCUUCGAUUUAUGUAACCCUUGUGGUUAAUGAUCUACCGAUGAAGCUACUUCCAAUGUCAUCUUUUCACUAGUGGCUAUCUUGACAGGAAUGCUGCUAAGUUCUGCUUUCUUAUCAAAGGAUACAAUUUCAAGUUCUGAUCUCUUCUUUCA